AUGGGCUCCAACAGCGAGAAAACCAGUAACCCUGCGGCCCGAUCCCUUCCAAAUGACAAUGAUGAAGAAGCUGGCGUGUUUGCAAUGCAGCUGGCUACGGGAUCUGUCCUUCCCAUGGUCCUGCGAGCCGCGGUCGAGCUCGACCUCCUUGAGCUGAUCAAGCAAGCCGAGCCGGCCGCUUCGGCCUCCGAGCUGGCCGCGCGCCUCCCGACGAAAAACCCUGAUGCGGCGGCUAUGGUGGACAGGAUCCUGCGGUUCCUGGUGGCGCACGGCGUUCUGACCUGCACUACGGAGGGCGGCUAG